GAAGGGGAAAGUAUAUAGAACGAUGAGACAGAAGUAGAGAGCAAUGAGAGAGGGAAAGAGACAUGUCUAUAGAGAGCAAUAAGAGAGUGGAGGAGACAGAUAUAUAUAUAUAUAUAUAUAGUGAGCAGUAAGAGAGGGAAAGAGACAGACAGAUAUAUAGAGAGCAAUGAGAGACCAAUAGUGGGGCAGCAAUAGGUAAGGUAGAAGAAACAGGCAUAUAUAGAGAGAGGCAGAUAUAGCCUAUAGAGGGAGAGUUGCUGUUUUGCAGUAGGUGAGCAGAGAAGUAGGGGCAGGGUAGAUGGGGGUCUCUCAGUGAUCAGUCUGCGGUGCCCCUGUAACAUUUCCUAUAGUAAGCAUUGUGGCAGUUUCUCGUAUUGUGCUGCCUUCCUCAUGUGCAACCACUUCCUCUCCAUACAGCAGAGAGGAGGGAUCUCUGUAAUGACUUUGGUGUAGUGUUUCCAGUGCUGACACCAUAAGCUUUCUCUCUCUCCCCUGUGUUAGUCAGGCUCAGCACUGACUCAGCCUGUGUAAUGCACUCACCAAAAGAUCACAACUGGAUAUUGAACUCUCUCCCGGCUGCACUCUGGAGCUAAGAGGCUGCACUUUUACUCAUCAGUUUUACGCUCAGGAUCCACUGUGACCACCCAAACGACUGAACCCAAAGCCACAAUGGUGGCGAAGGAUUAUCCUUUCUAUCUCACCGUCAAGAGGGUCAAUUUAACUCUGGAAGUCAAGAGUGCUACCACCAAGAGCAUUGAGGAGCCAAGUACCAAACGGGUCAAACCACUUUCAAGGGUCACAUCACUUGCGAAUCUCAUUCCCCCCGUGCGGGCAACUCCAUUAAAGCGAUUUAGCCAGUCACUGCAGCGUUCUAUCAGUUUCCGGGGUGACAGUCGUCCAGAUCUGUUUACACCAAGACCGUGGUCAAGAAAUGCCCCUCCUCCUAUCACGAAACGCAGGGACAGUAAACUCUGGAGCGAGACCUUCGAUGUUUGUGUCAAUCAAGUGCUGACGUCCAAGGAGAUCAAACGUCAGGAGGCUAUUUUUGAAUUAUCCCAAGGAGAGGAAGAUCUGAUCGAGGACUUGAAGUUGGCAAAAAAGGCAUAUCAUGACCCAAUGUUGAAGCUAUCUAUAAUGACAGAAGGAGAAUUAAUGCAAAUUUUUGGAACUCUUGAUUCUCUUAUUCCUCUGCAUGAAGAUCUCCUCAGACGCUUGCGUGGUGUCAGGAAAGCAGACGGAUCCACAGAACAUGUCGGCCACAUCUUAGUAGGCUGGUUGCCCUGCCUAAACUCCUAUGACAGCUAUUGCAGUAAUCAAGUGGCAGCCAAAGCCCUACUGGACCACAAGAAACAAGACCAUCGAGUGCAGGACUUCCUACAACGCUGUCUAGAGUCACCCUUUAGCCGAAAAUUAGACUUAUGGAAUUUCUUAGACAUCCCUAGGAGUCGUCUGGUGAAAUAUCACUUGCUACUGAAGGAAAUACUCCGACAUACUCCAAAUGAUCAUCCAGACCAGCAGCAUUUGGAGGAAGCUAUUAAUAUAGUACAGGGGAUUGUAACAGAAAUUAACAUGAAGACAGGAGAGUCUGAAUGUCACUAUUACAAAGAGAGGCUGAUUUAUCUUGAAGAUGGACAGAGGGAUCCACUGAUUGAUAACUCUCGGGCUCUAUCCUGUCACGGGGAGCUGAAGAAUAACAGGGGAGCUAAAUUUCAUGUGUUUCUCUUUCAAGAAGUUCUUGUUAUUACAAGAACUGUAGCGCAGAACGACAAAGUUUACUAUCAGCUUUACCGACAACCAAUCCCUGUAAAAGAUCUUGUAGUGGAAGACUUACAAGAUGGGGAGGUCCGUGUGGCUGGAUCUCUACGUGGUGCCUUUACCAAUAAUGAGAGAAUUAAAAACUUUUUCAGAGUCGGUUACAAGAAUGGUCCCCAUGCGCAGUCUCAUUCUUUUCAAGCAAAUGACACUUUCAACAAGCAACAGUGGCUGAACUGUAUCCGGCAAGCCAAAGAGUCAGCCUUAUGUUCUGGAGGGGACAACCUACAGCCUUCAGAAGGACAUUUGUUAAUAUCUGCAGAGGGAAGCAGUGAUUCUCCGCAAGCCACAAGGUUUGAUCAAAUGGACCACUCAGAUAGUAUCUCAGACUGCAGUAUGGACACGAGUGAGGUCAGCAUGGACUGUGAACAGAUGGAACAGACAGACUGUAGCAUACACAGCAAGCAGGUCGAGAGUGAUGUUUGACAAAACCUGGAUUUUACCUGCUUGUUACCUGUACAGUAUUUGCAUUCCGCGUAUGGAGCAGUUGGAGAAGCACUUUUAUAACAUACUUGCAGAAGGCGCCACCAAGGCUUGUAGUAUCCAUGGACAACAGUACUGUAGCACCCAGCUUUAACUGCGAGCUGGGACCUGCACCUACCCCAGUCUUCUAAAUCAGCUGUGCAUUUUGAUAGUUUAUAGCUAUCCAAAAAGUUCCACCAGCAUGCUGUCGAGAAGAGUCUCUUAAACUACUGUCUAUAUGUGAAUCAUAUACAAAAAUAUAUGUUUACUGUAAAAAGAAAAAAAAAAAACAUUUUACUAUUUUUUUCUACAGAUUAACACUGUGUCUUAAUACAGGCGCCACAAUUCUGUGUUUCAAAAAAGGAAAAACAUAAUAGGACAUGAAGUAUGAUAUGUUCAUUUUCCAAAUUAAAUACAGUUUACCUUAUAUAAUAGCCUAUCCUAGUGAUAUGCUAUUGCUUGUCCAUAGGUAGAAAUCAUACUCUUUGACCACUGUCAAUUGAGAGAAUGGAAACGCACUGCACAGCGGUGUAAACAUUAUACACAGCCCUGUUCAUUUGAAUUGAGCUGAGAAAAUGAUGAAGGUGCUUUUACCAUUUAUUCCCAAGAUGAACAGGGUCUUAGACAUUAUACUGCCACUGAUCAUAAUGUUAUCUCAUACCCUAACAAUAUUCCAUAUAAUUAUAUAAUGAGAAUAUCCCUUUAAUUUAUGUAUGUGCAAAAUGUCACAGUAUCUGCACAGUUAUCAGAAUCAGUUUGUUAGGGUGCAUGCACACCACGUUUUUGCUAUAUAGUUCCCAAAUACGGUUUCAAGUUAAAAAUCGUAUGGAACCGUAUAGAAAAUCGUAUGCAUUGAUAUUGUAAACCGUAUGUCAAACGCAUCAUCCGGUUUAGUCCAUUUUGCGUCUUAUACGGUUUUGUCCAGUUUUUUUUUACCCGUACCCAAAACUGUAGACUACCACGUUUUUUUUGGUCCGGGUGAAAAACCUAUUAAACCUUUUAGAUUUUUUUAAAAACAUGGGAGUCAAUGGGAACUGUAGAGAACUGUAUGUGCGUACGGUUCCAUCCGGUUUUCACCAUACGGUUUUUGACUAUGCACAGUUUUUUCCCUUGGAAUUUCAAUCAAACAAGUGAAACUUUAUUCAAAAUGUAGUGAAAAGUUAAAAAUGUAUACUUUUUUUCUUAAAAAACGGAUGCAAUGGACAUCAUUUUUCGAACCGUAUAGUUUUUUUUUACCGUAUAUGAGUUGAAAUUUGUACACACAUUUUGAUACAGUUUAGUCCGGUUUUGAGGAAUCCGUUUUUCAUCAAAAACCUGAUACGGGAACUGUAUUGCAAAAACCUGGUGUGCAUGCACCCUUACUGUGAUCCAGUCCAGUUCUUCUGACCAUUUUUGUGUGUGUUUAUGAGCACUUAAAAUCCAGUACUGUAUGAAUUGGCAAUAUAGUCAGUUCAGCUGCAGAACCAACUUUUUGCUACAAGCACAAACAAAAAUAAUGUAAUAAAAAAAAAAACACAGACUAAAAUAAUAACUGAAUUUUAAAUUUACCAGUAUUUAUUAUUAGUAAAAUACACAACUGUGACAUGUUCAUGCUUUGGGAUAAUUGUUACAUUAAAGAUGUAAAGAUGGGUCAAAUAUACUCUAGUAAAAAAAUUCUAGAUAUAUUAAAAUAAAGUGAGAAACGGAGUCACUUAAAUAUUCACACUUGGCAAAACCGAUUUGUGUUGUGUAAGUAAGAAAGGAGCUGUGAGGGCAUACAUGCAUUGAAUCUUUAAUGUUCUUUUUUUUUAUUCCUUUUUUCAUGCUCCACCCAUUGGAUUUUUUUUUUGCAUUAGGAACAACACAGUGUAUCAGUUGUUUCAGUUUAAUUGUCUACGUAAAUGCAACGCGUUUCCCUAUGUAGUGCUAUCUUAUUACGUAGCACAAUAAUCCAUGGUGAUGCCAGGGCCUCAUCAAACAAACACUACUGUCCAGCCCCAAACAAAUACCACAGUACAAUGCCCAUAUUACCCCCAGCAGUGGCAACCAAAUACAACCAUAGAGUGCCCAUAAUACCCCUCCUUUGUGCAAGAGUCUUAAAUGCUUAUCAUUUGUGAACAGUUUAAAAAAAUUCCCAGCAUUACAUUUUAUUAGCAUCCCUAUGCUUUUAUCUUUGGUCUCAGUCCUCUUUUUUUUGUUUUUUUUAUAUCUGAACCUUUUGACUUCAUGAGACAUUCCUCAAACAAAUGAAAGUAAAUUAUUUUAAUUAAUGGUAUAAAAAUCACAUUAUGGUGAAGGACAAAAUGGAAAUAAUCUUUAAUUUAAAAUAUUGUUAGACUUGACUAAGCGAAAGAAGGCCUGACCACAACAAAAAAUUUACUCAAUUCAAGAUUAACUCAAUUCAAGAUUGAAAUCUGUUAUAACAUAUGGAAAACAAUGUUGUUUGUUCAAAGUCUAUGAAAAAAUUGGUGCAAUUAAAUAAAAUGAAAACUUAAAGGGGUACUCCGCCCCUAGACAUCUUAUCCCCUAUCGAAAGGAUAGGGCAUAAGAUGCCAGAUCGCGGGGGUUCCGCCGCUGGGGACCGGGAUCUCGGCUGCAGGACCCACCUGUUGCGGCUUCCGGCAGCGCGGGAGGCUCUCAUCCUAACGCCUCCCGACAUCAUGAUGUCACGACUCCGCCCCCAUGUGACGUCACGCCCGCCACCUCAAUGCAAGUCUAUGGGAGGGGGAUGAACUUUUGUUAUUGACCAAAUGUUAUGGAUUAAUUUUUUUCUCAUUAUGUCUUUCAUAGUUGAGGGAUACCUAUGAUGAAAAUUACAGGCCUCUCUCAUCUUUUUAAGUGGGAGAAUUUGCACAAUUGGUGGCUGACUAAAUACUUUUUUGCCCCACUGUACUUUAAUAACUUCCACCAUGAUCUGUCCAAAAAUCAAAAUACAAAAUGCUCUUGCACAUCAUUGAAGCAGUUUGUAUUUCUCCAGAAACAAACGGCUAUGAAAUGGUGUUAUUCAAAUACUUUAUUGUUUUAAAUCCUAAAAACACAUUAUGUAUUGUUUAAAAAUGGUUUAUUAUAAGACAUUAUGUGAUAGUUAUGGUUAUAAAUGUUAGUAUCCAGACAUACAAGAACACAGCGCUUCUACCUGGAUGGGGUAGUGGUUACUGGCAUGUGACCAUGCCACUAUCAAUACCAAGGAACCUGUCGGUUACAGAAUAGAAAAACAAAAUAUUAUGCUCUCCGGGUUACUGCAAACACACACAUCAAUCAGCAACAUUGUACAUUUAUUUUAUGUUAGUUUUUUUUACUUUUAUUUAUAGUUUUUAAUAUGGUGAAUGAUUUGUGGUUUACUGAGCUUCACAAUACAUGUUGAUAAAAUGUGUUACAAAAGAAUAACCAAUGUCUGAAAGAGAUGUGGUCUCUGCAGAGUCAUGUAUAUUUUUUCUAAAGUUAUAUAUACAUAUAUAAAUAUUGAAUAAUGGCCUCAAGUUACUCUGAAAGCUAAAAUAAAUCACAUUCACGUUGUAAA